AUGAAGGAUCUUUUUUAUCUCAGCCUGCUGUUAGCUGGCCUUCAGUGUUACAUGUCUUCAGAAACAACACUAUCUUCAGCUCGCUGCUCAGACUGUCAUAGCAAUGCCACCUGUGAGGAGAACGAUGGCCUUCGAAAAUGCGUGUGCAAAGAUGGGUUCGCUGGCAAUGGCUUCAAUUGUUCUGAUGUGGAUGAAUGUGCCUUUCCUGGUUCGAACGUGUGUCCAGCAGGCGCCUGUGUGAAUACCUUGGGCUCAUACAUCUGCCAGUGCCCCAGUGGGUUCCUGCUUUCCUCAGAGGGUGGCUGUAGAGAUAUUGAUGAAUGCUCUACCCCCAACUUAAACCGCUGCCAUUCAUUAGCAAUGUGCACUAACCACAAUGGUAGCUACUCCUGCUCUUGUCCUCAGGGGUUUGCUGGAGAUGGCUAUUCCUGCAGUGCAAAGAACUGCACUCUCAUAUCCUGUGACUUUGGAGCUGACUGCUUCAAAAAUGAUGCAUCCCGCAUCUGUGCUGACCCUUGUUCAAAUUACAAUGUCCUUGACAAUUACUGGCGCAGCACCUCCUAUGGAUCUGGAAACAACUGUGAUAGUAAUAAAGUAGGCUGGUAUCGAUUUAUAGGCAGGGGCGGGGAGCGCAUGCCAGAAGCCUGCGUACCAACACACAGGUGCAACACUGAUGCACCACUGUGGUUAGAUGGAUCACACCCUUCCAGCAAUGCUGGGAUAGUCACUCGUACUGCUUGUGCCCACUGGGAAAAUAGUUGCUGCUACUGGUCAACUGCCAUACAGAUAAAGGCUUGCCCUGGUGGAUAUUUUGUAUAUAAAUUUAAUGGAACACCAGCCUGUUCUUUGACGUACUGCACAGAUCCUACCUAUGUUGGCAACCCAUGCUCCUGUAAUGCAGAUGAGGAAUGUAAGCUAAUAAAUGGAAGCUGGGGUUGUUACUGCAGAAAGGAAUCCAACGACACAGAUAUCAGAAGUUUGCAACCUGAGCUAGAUUGUGGUACAAGUCAAAUCAAGGUGUCAUUUAGUAAGUGCCAACUGGAAAACGCUGGAUUCCAAAAUAUAAUCAUCUACUUGAAAGACGAUAAGUGUGCUGGCUUUGAGGAGCAUAACAAUAGAAGUUUGGUGUCAGUGGUGACUCCAACGCAGGCUGGAAAGUGUGGAACGCUGCUAACGAAAAAUGCAACACAUGCCACCUACAGCAACACUCUUUAUCUGGCAGAUGGGAUUAUUGUUAGAGACAAUGAAAUAAAUAUUAAUUUUUACUGCUCCUACCCACUGGAUAUGAAACUUAGUCUUGAAACAGCCAUUGAGCCUAUUAUAAGUUCCAUCAAUAUCAGCACUGGCGGCACGGGAAUGUUCACGGUGCAAAUGGCUCUGUACAGGGAUCAAAAUUACACUUCGCCUUUUGAGGGAUCAAAAGUUGUGUUAUCAACAGAUGACAUGCUAUAUGUAGGCGUAAUGUUUGAUGAUGGAGAUACAUCCCAGUUUGUCUUGCUGAUGGAGAGUUGUUAUGCUACCCCUACAAAAAACGCUACUGAUCUGACCAAGUAUUUCAUCAUUCAAGACGGGUGUCCAAACAGACAGGACUCUACUAUAGCAGUAGCAGAAAAUGGUGUCUCAACUCAAGGACAGUUUUCCCUUCAGAUGUUUAAGUUUGUUGGGAACCAUAACCUUGUUUACCUACACUGCCAAAUACAUCUCUGCGAUGUCAGCACUGGAGCAUGCAAACCCUCCUGCUCUAGAAGAAGUCAUAUUGGGCAGCAACAAAACCAGGGCUUCGCUUUGGAAGUGGGACCCAUUGCCCGCCAAGGUUUUGAGUUUCUCGCAGACAGCAGUUUCUCUCUCAGCUUUGGUUUACAUGCUGCUUGGUCAGUGGUGGUACCUGGCAUUAUGGCUCUAGCUCUCCAUGUAUUUCCAUAA